AUGGCGGCGGGCGUAGCAGCAUGGCUGCCCUUUGCAAGGGCAGCGGCCAUCGGGUGGAUGCCUGUGGCCUCGGGGCCCAUGCCAGCUCCCCCGAGGCAGGAAAGGAAGAGGACUCAGGAUGCUCUCAUUGUGCUGAAUGUGAGUGGCACCCGUUUCCAGACAUGGCAGGACACCCUGGAACGUUACCCGGACACUCUGCUGGGCAGUUCCGAGCGAGACUUUUUCUACCAUCCAGAGACUCAGCAGUAUUUUUUUGACCGUGACCCUGACAUCUUCCGCCAUAUCCUCAAUUUCUACCGCACGGGGAAGCUCCACUAUCCUCGCCAUGAAUGCAUUUCGGCUUAUGAUGAGGAGUUGGCCUUCUUUGGCCUCAUCCCAGAAAUCAUUGGCGACUGCUGUUAUGAGGAAUACAAGGACCGCAGGCGGGAGAACGCAGAGCGUCUGCAGGACGACGCGGAUACCGAUAACACCGGCGAGAGUGCGCUGCCCACCAUGACUGCUCGCCAGAGGGUCUGGCGGGCCUUUGAGAACCCCCACACGAGCACCAUGGCUCUGGUGUUCUACUAUGUCACAGGGUUCUUCAUUGCCGUCUCGGUCAUCGCGAAUGUGGUGGAAACAGUACCCUGUGGAUCGAGCCCAGGUCACAUUAAAGAACUGCCCUGUGGGGAGCGCUACGCCGUGGCCUUCUUUUGCUUGGAUACGGCCUGUGUCAUGAUCUUCACUGUUGAGUACUUGCUUCGUCUGGCGGCCGCCCCCAGUCGGUACCGCUUUGUGCGCAGCGUUAUGAGUAUCAUCGACGUGGUGGCCAUCCUGCCUUACUACAUUGGGCUGGUGAUGACAGACAAUGAGGAUGUCAGCGGGGCCUUUGUCACGCUCCGGGUCUUCCGGGUCUUCCGGAUCUUUAAGUUUUCCCGACACUCGCAAGGCCUGCGCAUCCUGGGGUACACGCUGAAGAGUUGUGCCUCAGAACUGGGCUUCUUGCUCUUCUCGCUCACCAUGGCGAUCAUCAUUUUCGCUACAGUGAUGUUCUACGCAGAGAAGGGGUCUUCGGCCAGCAAGUUCACCAGCAUCCCUGCGGCCUUCUGGUAUACCAUCGUCACCAUGACAACCCUAGGGUAUGGUGACAUGGUCCCAAAAACCAUAGCAGGGAAGAUUUUUGGUUCCAUCUGUUCGCUGAGUGGAGUUUUGGUUAUCGCUCUGCCAGUUCCAGUAAUUGUAUCUAACUUCAGUCGGAUCUAUCACCAAAAUCAACGAGCAGACAAACGUAGAGCACAAAAGAAAGCCAGACUGGCCAGGAUUCGGGCAGCCAAAAGCGGAAGUGCAAACGCUUAUAUGCAGAGCAAGCGGAAUGGCCUGCUCAGCAAUCAGCUGCAGGUACAAGGGACUGGAGAGGAACCUCAUUUACUCAAAUCCGGCUCCAGUUUUGAAACCCAGCACCACCACCUCCUUCACUGCCUGGAAAAAACCACGGUAAGGAACAACAGGCCUGACUGCCUACCUCUGUCUGCAGACACCCUGACUCUUCCAAAUCACGAGUUUGUGGAUGAACAAGUCUUUGAAGAAAGCUGCAUGGAAGUUGCAACUGUUAAUCGUCCUUCAAGCCACAGUCCGUCUCUCUCUUCACAACAAGGAGUCACCAGCACUUGCUGUUCACGGCGACACAAAAAAACUUUCCGCAUCCCAAAUGCCAACGUGUCCGGGAGCCACCGAGGUAGUGUGCAAGAACUCAGUACGAUUCAGAUCAGAUGUGUGGAGAGAACCCCACUAUCUAACAGCCGAUCCAGUUUAAAUGCCAAAAUGGAAGAGUGUGUUAAACUAAACUGUGAACAACCUUAUGUGACUACAGCAAUAAUAAGCAUCCCUACACCUCCAGUAACCACUCCUGAAGGAGAUGACAGGCCAGAGUCCCCUGAGUACUCAGGAGGUAAUAUCGUCAGAGUGUCUGCUUUGUAAGACGAUUUGAAUGGAGUCUAAGAGAAUUUGAGCCCCGGCUGUGGAGAGAAUCCCAAAGUGGAAGAAAGAAGAAAAAUAAACUCUUUGCAGAUGAGAACAGCAAAGCAAGAAGGUUGGUAGUGAAACAAAAACAAAGUUUCCAGACUUGAGGAUGGAAAUACUAAACCCAA